ACUGCAAUCAUACUAUGCACAACUACUUUGCAACAUAAAGCCGGCUCUAGACGAUCAAGUUGUUAUGCACUACAACAUCUGAAGGUAUCCGAACAUAUGUUUUUUGAAGCGAACCAUAAGACGAACGAGAGAGAAGGGAAAAAUAGGUUUCAGUCAUUACAAUUUCGCUCACUCAUCAAUCAAAGAGAAGAAGCCAUUCGUAAUAGACGUGUUUUUCAGCCCAUAGCAUUUUCAAUUAUUUUUACAGUAAUGGUGAAGCCCUCUUGGUUCGGUUCAACUGUGGCGAUCAUUACCAUUCUAAGCAGCAUAACCCCUAGCAGCGAUGGUGCCAAAAUUUUACUCGUCUCUGCCUUCCCCGGCAUGAGCCACUGGUUGACGUUCGAGCACGUCGUGAAUGAACUGCUCGAACGGGGACAUGAACUCACCGCCAUUACCAACUAUCGACUGAAAGGAUCGUCCAACUACACCGAUCGCUAUCGCGAAGUACUGAUCGAGCCUGUGUUCGAUUUUGAGAACGAUCUUCCAAUGGAAUCGUACUACCGUACGUCUUCAUUCACGAAUCCGUUCUACAAGUUGAAGAUCUUGUGGUGGCUAGGACUAGCAACGACUCGGCAUGCAUUCGAGUGUGAAAACGUGCGAAGGUUCAUGCGCGAAGAAGGUUUGCGAUUUGAUCUGGUGAUCGCCGAACAGUUUGCCCAAGAGAGUUUUCUGAUGUUUGGACACAAGUAUGGAGCUUCUAUUGUUACAAUAAACACGUUGGGAUACACCGAUUAUAUUGAUCGUUCAUUCGGGAUGAUAACCCCGCUGUCAUUUGUACCCCAUUUCUUCACGGAGUUCACCGAUGAAAUGAACUUUUAUGAACGCUGCUACAAUGUGAUUCUUACAAUAUAUGAUUGGGCUUAUCGCAAGUUCAUAUACCUGCCGGAGCAUAAUGCCAUGGCCAAACAGUAUUUUGCAAUAUCAAACUAUGCUGGGGAGCUGCCAUCCGUCGAAGAAUUGGAACGAAAUGUGAGUGUGAUACUGUCAAACAAUCACAUCAUUUCAUUUCGACCAAGACCAAAAAUGAUCGGAAUGGUGGAUAUCGCAGGACUUCACAUUCGGGCUCCGAAUGAUCUGCCGCGUGACAUAAAGAAAUUUAUCGAAACAUCCACAAAAGGGACAAUCUACAUCAACUUUGGAACGUUCCUAAGAAGCUCUGCGAUGCCACCGGAAACUCUUGAAGUGUUUCUGCAAGUGUUCCGCAAUUUACCUCAGUACAACUUCCUUUGGAAAUGGGAAACGGACAAGGUGCCGGAACUUCCACCAAACGUCCUUCUUCGCAAAUGGAUUCCUCAGAAUGACGUUCUUGCGCACUCCGACAUUAAGUUGUUCAUUACCCACGGAGGCAUUUUCGGUGCUCAAGAAGCGGUUUACUGGGCCCGUCCUAUGCUAUUUGUCCCAUUCUACGGAGAUCAGCAUGGAAACGCACUUAAACUACAGAAGGCGGGAGUCGGGCUCACAAUGUCGAUUGCUAAUGUAACCAUAGAAGAAUUCCAGGGCAAGGUACAAGAAAUUGUGGAAAACCCAAACUUCCAAAGUGCUACCAAUCGGUUAUCAAAAUUGUUCAGAGACAAUCCCACGGAUCCGCUGGAAGAGGCCGUGUUUUGGAUCGAAUACGUCAUACGGCAUCAUGGAGCUGCACAUCUGAAAUCGGCUGCUGUGAGAAUGCCAUGGUAUCAGUAUCUCCUAUUGGACAUAGCUACCGCAGCUGUUGUUCUCCUUUGUGUAGUUGUGUGGCUUGUAAAAUAUAUUUUGGCAAAAGCUUGUGCCACAAAACAAGACACAAACAACAUGAAGAAGGAAAAGAAUGUUUAAGACUUCUUAUGCACUGGGAUCAAUUUUACACGGGAUAGGAAGAAUAAUUAUGACAUUUUUCAAAUACAUAUUAUAAUUUAUUAUUCAAUAUGAUCGAUGUUUAGUAAAUAAAAACCAUUACUUUUUGCUGUUCGUUCUAUAUGUUUAAAACAAA